AUAGAUAUGGCUAAUUGGAGUACAAAAUUAUUCAAACUUUCAUUAAAAAAAUAUAUUCGAGAUGGUACUAUAUAUGAUUUUAUUCAUGCAUUAGAAGAAAAAGAUGGUAAAUCAUAUUCUAAUAUAUUCUGGAAAAAGUGA